UACAAGGUCCAGUAUGUCUAAACCAGGAGACUACAGCAGCCAGUCCUACUCCCCCAGCAGCAAGGGACCCAACAAAAGCUACCCGACCAACAACAAAAUCGACUCGUCGGGCAAAUCCAGGGAGAAGGAUGACAUGGUCGGACUCAACGACAAGUUCGUCAGGCUGAUUGACAAGGUGAAAAACCUGGAGGACGAGAACAAGAAGCUGGACACGAAGCUGAAGAUCCUCAAGGAGCAGGAGAACUACGAGGGGAAGGUCGAUGACAUCGUGAAGCAGCUGGAGAACGAGCUGGAGCAGCAGAUCGAUAACCUGCUCCGCGACCAAGAGAAGCUGAAGGCCGAGCUGGCCAAGAACCAGGACGAGGUGGAUGACACCAAGCGGAGGUAUGAGGACGAGUUGCAAAAGAAAGCUGAUCUGGAGAAUGAGUUUAUCGUCAACAAAAAGGACGUAGAUGACGGUCACUUAGAGGCAGUCAGUCUGGCUCUGGAACUGGAGGACCUGAUGGCAAAGCUGGACUUCCUCAGGGUUGGCUUUGAUGAGGAGAUCAGGGAGUUGGAGUCAAACAUCCAGAACAGGACGGUGAUCUUGCCUGACAGCAGCAAACGCUCUCUGGACAUGGACGCCAUCAUCGAGAGCGUCAAGAAUCAGUAUGCCAACAUGGCCGCCCGCUCCAGGGAGGAGGCCGAGCAGUGGAACCAGAGGAAGAUGGAUGCCUUGGUCUUAAAUGCAGGACAACGUGAGCAGGAAGUGCGUGAUUUAAAGAGGGAGAUCUCAGACACAGUGCGCCACAUCCAGAGGCUCAACGGGGACCUGGAUGCCCUCAUAAGGAAGGAAGAUUCCCUGAAGAAGGACAUCACCGACAUUACGACAGAGGGCGAAAACAGCCUGCAGAAGGCCCGGGAGGACAUCGUGCAGCUGGAGGAGGCCUUGAGGAGGGCCAAGCAGGACUUGGCUGGACAGAUCCGUGAACACCAAGAGCUGAUGAACCUGAAGCUGGCUUUGGACAUCGAGAUCGCCACCUACCGCAAGCUGCUGGAGGGCGAGGAAGAGAGGAUGAACGACCUCAUGCGCAACGCAGACGUUCACCAACCAGAGAAGCCACGAGACCCAGAACCCACCGUCGUCCCGGCAACCACCUUUAUUCCAGCAACCACCUUUAUCCCACCGACCACUGUUAUCCCGGCAGACACCGUGAUCCCGCUGGCCUCCAAGAAACGGCUGCUGAUCCGGGUGGAGGUGGAGGCAGGCAGAGUCGUGUCGGAAAGCUCCCAUUACACCGAAGACUAACUGGAACUGUCCACCACUCAUCUGUCUGCAGCAUUACAGUGUAUCCACAAAAUGUGAAUUUAACUACUUCUAAUUAAGUUAAAUUAAGUUAAAUAAAUUCAACUCUCUAAAAAUCAUCAUGAAGCUUUAACACAAUAAUUAACCUCUUUUAUUCAUGUGCUUUCUGGUAGAGUGAACAGUUGUAACAACAGCGUCUUGGCAGGUUGAACAUUUUUCCCUGAAUUUGUGCUUGAAGUUGGAGACAUUUGACAUGUUUAUAUCCAGCAGUGUUUUUCAAAAGGUCUUCUUAUCUGGUGGUGUUCCUGGUUCCAUUCAGUGUGUUUUUCAGCUUUCUUCCAGAUUUUCUCAUACCUUUGUGAGCUAAAUAGGAGUAAAAUAUCAUCUUUGUGAAGCAGAAAACCACCUAGCUAACACUGUAAAGGUUUCUUAAGGAACAUGUGGGAUCGGGGGGUUUCUGUUCUGUUGGUCCUCAUCUUGUUAAUAUCAGGAAAGAAAUACACAAUGAUAAAGUUUCCUAGAAUCACAAGAGGUCACAUUAAGGGGAGGCAAGCAUGGAUCUGGGGUAGCAACUGCUUGAAAUUGCUUUUCCUAUUCUGAAUACAAAAACACAGAUAAAUAAAGACUAGUACAGGUGCUUUACUGUAUGUUCUGAAACUUUAGAAUUGUUCUCUGUCACUCACAUGUAUCUGCGCUUUCAUUUGUACCUCAAAUAUGUGAGAAUAAUUAUGAGGAAACCAAGUUCACUGUCAUUGUGACAAGUAUUUGCAAUGGAAUAAAGAAAGUAAGACGACGUA